AUUACCAUGUCAUGUGACCACAGAAUAGAAAGGGACAUUUGCGAAAAUCUAGUGACAAGGCCCAGUUUUGCAAACGUGCUUUGAACAGGAGGAUGUCCGUGUCUGCAAUAUGUCGAGCUUCAAGAGCGUUGUCUCAGAAAAUUAUUCUAACGGCAAGGCGUUCUAUAUCCAGCCAAACAAUUGCUGCCUCAGUUCGCACCCUUGCAAGCCAGGCACAUGAUGCAAAAGCUCACUCGCAAGAUCCUGCAAAAGCAAAUUAUGAAGCAAGGUGCGAUCUAGCAGCGUGUUACAGGAUUCUUUAUAACCUUGGAUUCAGUGAAGGCACGUGCAACCAUUUGUCACUCUCUUGCCCUGCCAAAGACGGCUCUGGCAAAGUGAUGCUCAUAAUCCCAUAUGGUCUUUAUUGGACAGAGGUAACUGCUUCCUCACUCAUUGGGGUAAGCCUGAAGGAGCCUAAAAACCCUGUAGUAGUGGAGGAAGGUUGUGGCCAACCUGAUAUUUCGGCCAUGUGUAUCCAUAAUGGAAUACACCAAACACGUGCUGAGAGUGGAAUCACAUGCGUACUGCAUUCACAUGUUCCUUAUGCAACUGCCCUGACCUGCAUCAAAGAUCAGAAACUAGAAAUGACUCACCAGAACUCAACCAGGUUUUAUGGGGAAAUCUGCUAUGACAAUGGCUAUGACGGAGUUGCUACCAGCUUAGAUGAAGGGUUUCGACUUGGGAAAGUUCUCAAAGAUAAGACAGUGAUGAUGAUGGGUAAUCAUGGUGUCCUUGUUCUUGGUAGAACGGUGUCAGAAGCAGUGGAUCAUAUGUACUACCUUGAAAGGGCAGCACAAGUUCAGGUAUUGGCCAUGUCAACUGGAAAGGAUCUGUCUCUGAUUCCCGAUAAACUCGUGGAACAGAACAAGCAAUUUUUGAAAGAGAACGCUCGCCACUACGCAGAUAACCACUUCAAUGCCUUGAAAAGGACAAUCGAGAACGAAACUCCUUGCUAUAGAGAUUAGAGACUGUUCCUGCCUUUAUUGUUUUAGAGAAUUUGCUGUAUGAAGUAAUCAAUUAGAGUUUUAUGAAUGGAUUAUCAGGUACUAAAAUUGCAGCCAUAAGCGGACAAGGGUGCUGGGGGAGGCCAGAGCCCCAAUAGAAUCUUACGAAGCCUGCUCCUUUUUUUACUUUCAUAUUUCUACACGAUAAUCCCAUCAGAAAUUUAAGUAAAACUUUUGAAUAAGUAACAAGCUGAUAAUCCAUUUAAAAAUUAGGUUGAGAUUAUAAUUGAAUUCAAGCAGACGUCUGAUCUUCCUGGGAGUCGUGUUUUAUUUCUGGUUUAGCGAGCCCUGUAAAUGUGUUUUUAAUUUUCGUUUAAACUGAUAGAGCGAGGGGAUCUCCCUUAAUUCUAUAGCAGGGGCUGAGGCUGAGACCACUCCCUUUUUAUUUGUGGUACACGCCUUCUAUUUUAUUUGAACGAGGUGAUCUCCCUUAAUUCUAUAGCAGGGGCUGAGGCUGGGACCACUCCCUUUUUAUUUGUGGUACACGCCUUCUAUUAUAUUUGAGCGAGGGAUCUCCCUUAAUUCUAUAGCAGGGGCUGAGGCUGAGACCACUCCCUUUUUAUUUGUGGUACACGCCUUCUAUUUUAUUUGAACGAGGUGAUCUCCCUUAAUUCUAUAGCAGGGG